ACCAGACCAGAUAAGAAUGAACACUUUUUAAAGGAAAAAUGAAUCAAAAAGUGGAUGCUUCAGAAUUUAUGUACGACGAGUUUACUGUAGAGAAGAUUUUGGAUCGAAGGCAUUAUAAAGGUCAAAUUCAAUACUUGGUUAAAUGGCUGAACUAUACCGAUGAAGAAAAUACCUGGGAAAUGGCCACAGAUCUGGAAUGCCUUUCAUUGAUAAACUCUUUUGAAUCGGUACGAAAUCUAAAGAGAGGUCAAAAUCUAAAUACUCUAUACGAAAAAAAGGCCAAACGUCUGAAAAUUGAUCCAAGCUUGGUUAUAGAUAAUCCAUUCAAUCAUGAUUUGAAAGCCCAAGAAAUUCGGGAGGCCUUUAAAAUCAGUGGUGAAAUAUCGUUUUCAGUUAAGUUCUUUGAUCUCGAACAACCUGUAAUCAUUCCAUGUGGUGUAGCUUAUGUGGAGAUUCCGCAGAUGGUUUUAAAGUUUUAUGAAAAGCAAUGGAAAUUUGAAGAUUCUCAGAAUGAAUAUUUAAGGAAUUACAUUUAAAUUCAUGAAAAAAAACUUAGAAUUUUUAUUUUAAAACCCAUAUUAAAUAUUAUGCAAGAAAGGCUCAUUGUUUUGCAAUAUAAUUCCUUUAAAAAUAAAUAAAAAAUGUGCCGCUAUUGCAGAGCAUUACAAACAAUAAUGAAGGCAAA